CUCCUUUCUGCCUCCUUCGUGCCUCUUUCCACUCACUGCCUUACCAGUUUGCAGUAUGCACGCCGCGACAGUUGAUAUCGCCUUGAUGGUCUCGCGUACGACUGGACUCAUAAUAAACUUACUAUUGACGCGACUGGUCUGUCCAUUCCCUUAGAGGAGGAUUACUCGACUCAAAUCCCUCGUGCGACGUAUGCUGGCGUGAACUUCUAGAGCAGGAACGCACGACAACUUGCACCAACAGCGUGAGAAUGUGCGUAUGUAUUGCAGAGUGCUACAGCAUAACCUCUUUUUUUGGUCCCUUAACAAUAAGAUCCUCAUCUCGUCGCCUGUCUUUCACUGCCUGCUGCCUUGGCCCGAUGGCAGACCCACGGUUAGUUUAUACAGCUGUGCUGUGCCAGCGUUUCCUACCGCCUCAUGCGUUAUACUACGCUCUUUUCACUAUUCCUGUUCACUGGAAUAUUCUAUGUUCCCUGUUAAAAUCCCUCUUCCAACCUUCAGCUUUCCCGCCAAUUUGUUUUUCUAUUGCUUCUGCCUUUCCAUCUCUUGAUUGAUUCCGCAAAUGGCUCCUUACAAGGUGGUUCUUCGCCCGCCAAACGGUGAUACGCUUUCGCUGGUGGUUCCAUUCGAUGGCAGCCGCACUUUCGAGCACCUCUUCCAAGAGGUCCUUCGGCGUGCCUCAAAACGCUGCACCUUGCCGUCAAGUACCCAACCAGAGCACCUCAGACUCUGCUUGAACUCCGAGGAUGGUUUCCUGAUCGAACCGGACGAUAUCAUCCAGGAGGUUCUCACUGGCUCUGAGAUACUCUUCAUCGUCUUCCCAGCUGCUCCUUGCGACAACGACAGUAGUCAUACCGGCAGCGAUAUCGACAAAGCUGACACUGAACGUACAGUCCAGAUUCGUGUCAUCACACCCGAGCUGGCGCAGCGAACCCACGAUCACGGGCAAAUCCCGCUCCUUGAUGGUGGCCGGCGCUAUCCACUAUCCGCAACCCUGGGGCAGAUCGGAGAAGAAAUCGCAGAGCACCUACAGACCUCACUGGUCGCACAAAAUCCCCCAGCAGAUGAUGAAUGCAACUGCCGCCUAGCCGAACUACUAGAAAAGAGAGGGAUCUGGGAGAAGAUUUCAUGCCAUGGCCACAUCAACCAGGAGUGCACUUUCGAGUCGCCAGGUCUUCCUCUUCACCAUGCCUGCGCACAGUGCUCUGAACAACUCAUCGCCCACAAAAUCCAGGACUCUUCUUCCCCUUGCGGCGCCUACCUUCUUCGCCGGGUAGACCUGCCCUGCGGGCAUGUGGUACAUUCUCAAUGCCUGCAUGGCGGAGUUGAUUACGAUUGUCCGACAUCCUGCUACGCAAUGGAAUCCGUGAACCAGCUCUUCUCGCGACAGUUAUUGGUUGUCUCUGGAACUGGGAUUGUCGAACAGCUUAAACUGAAGUCGAUGGCCCAUUCUGAUCUGAUGGCUGCAUUGUCAGAUCGUUUUGAGGAAUGUCUUCACCGGUCGAAAGUUGCGUCUUGCAUAGGUGGUGCAGGAGGAAGCAGGGUAUACACCCGGCUUCCAAUAGUCGCGAUCUGCGCCAGAAAGAGACACGGGAAGGAUCACCCAACCUUGCCGGAGGUCGAUAAGCCUUCUCUUCCACAACUUGACCUCCAUACGGUCGAGAGUCCCCUCAACAUGGGCAAUCUUGACUUAACCCUCGAAAGCAGCCGACUGUGCGAGCUUGAGGUCGAUGGAGUGGUCACCUUGUAUGCCGUUAAGAGAAAAUCUUCUGCUAGGGAAGGUAAAGCCAUGGGGAAGAAUGCAAUGUUCGCAGCCGCCGAGCACUGGAAUUUACCAGCAGGUCACUCUGAUCGGGGCAUGGCCGCUUUUCUGGCUUCGCUCCGCGUCUUUGCGCAUGUCGUUGGCUCUGAAGAGUUCGAUGAUAUACGCAAAAAUGGGGUGUUGCAAAUCGUUCACUAUCUUACACAAUUUCCCCCAGCAGUCCGUGCAACGCAUAUCCUGAUGGAUGGCAAGACUUUGCUACCCUUCGAAAGUGCUGCAUUGGUGCAAAGCCUGGCUGCGGUGUGCGAAGAACUGAUCCCCUUCAAACUUGUUGCUGGAGACUCACGCCGUUGCCUCGAGGGAGCGAGAUUGGUUCUGGGCUUCAUCCUUUAUCAGGCGAAAAAUCUCGCUUCCGAGCGACAGGGUACCGCCGAGGACCUGAUGGGCUUGCAGGGUAGCAUCCCUUACAUCACAAACUACCAUACUGUUGAUAUGAAAGAUGUCAAAACCAUGGAAAUAGUUACACGCCCGGUUCUGACAAACGUGGGCUUGGUCGAUCGAGCGGUCUUUGACGUCUUCAAAGUCUUCUCAGACUCUCAACUGCUCAAGCAUAGCCCUUCCUGCAAUCUCGAGGAAUUAAGAGAGUCAAACUCAUCAAAACUGCGCGUGGCCCUCUUGUAUGGGGGUGGCCUACGCGAGGCGCCCUACUACCAAGGCCAUCUUCUUGCGGCCAAGCUGCGAGACGCCCGUGGCUCACGUGGAAACCCUUUUGACAUGAAAGAACUCGCUGCUGACAUAUCGUUUCUCGCUUCGCUGUGCGAAGGGACUCCGGCCGUUGUUGUGUCACCCAACCAGCUGCCACGUGCAAAGGCACCCAGCUUAACUCUUGACCGCAAUGGAAACUUGGCAGUUUACACUGGGCAUGCUCCGUGUGCUCGGCCUGGUCGCGAGCAUGCAGUUUUUCAUCCCCUCUCCGGACUGGAGGAGAAUAUAGACGUUACCAUUGUGAUGCAGCAAUUGGGACCGAUCAUUGAGGGCCGAAAGCAGGAUGGCACAAACGUUUUCGAUUUGUUUAGUGCGACUUACCGCCGCAAGGAAACUUUUCCUACGGAAAUGCUUAUGUUCUGUGUUGACUGCAGCCAAUCCAUGAAUCGUGGUACAACAUUCUACGAGCUGAAGAAUGAAGUUGAGUACCCGCGUCCCAUCGAUGAAUCUUUGCUCGAGUAUGACGAUAGCGAUAUUACUUUUGAGGACAUGAAGUCCUGGCUGUGUCACCAUGAGUGCUUCAAUGACAUGUUGGGGACACUUCUCUAUGAUGCGUCCGAACAUGGUGCCAACGCCCACGACAUUCUUGCGUAUUGGAUCACCGUGACGCGUCGUCAUAUCGAGCACUUGAUUAGAACUCAGCACAAUGCAGUGCCGACAGCCCCAUCUCUUCCUCAUUUUCAGGCAUCGGCCUCAGUUGAUAUCCAGUUGCUCAGGAGAAUCCUGGCUGGACUGAAGCGCCAUAGUCAAGCCUUGGCUGAUUUUUUGGUGUUUAGCGCCUUUGAACCCGGCUACACUCCCACGGAAAUCUCCUGGUCAUACGGAGAUCCUAUCCCAUCUGGUCCAGCAGCUGCUCAAUCACAGACAACGACUGAGCUUGAAGACGUUUGUGAUAUCCCGCACGAAUACCUUUGCCCCAUCACCCGGGUCCUUUUCGAAGACCCUGUGGUGACAACAGAUGGGACCAUCUUCGAGAGAAAGGCCAUUGAAAGAUGGUAUCGCAUCAGCCAGACCUCGCCUCUCACCGGCCUUCCCGUUGCAGACACUCAGUUGAGCUACGACCACGGUUUAGCCGUGAAGAUCGAGGCGUGGGUGAAGGCUGAAGAUGUUGUCCAGUCCAUUCCCCCUGCUCGAAAACGCCUAAGAUCCUCGAGCGGGCGACCCACAGUUCGUGUACACUUCGUUGCACCGUCGGUCAGUUUUACUCGAGAGGUCAAUACAUCCGCAAGUCUUGUAGAUUUGCACAAGAUUGUCUUUCGUGGCCUCCGCGGUCUUUACACUAGGUUUCUUUUGCACUUGAGGGGUGCCUUGUUGCCCUGUUCUGAUGAUGACCUGUUGCAAUGGGGAGUUUCUAGCGACGAAACCAUCUCUGUCACACUUCUCAAUGCCGAGGAGUAUGGUGGCCCAGAUGAUCCUACGGGUAAAGGCGAGAUGUGCCUAGUCCGAGUUUACGAAGGGUCUAAUGAGAACAAAGAAUUGUUCAAGUACUGGGUGCCGUUACACUCAGGAUUGACUUUUGAGUCGAUUUGCUUCCGGUACGCGCGCUUUCAUACUCAAAAUGUCGGUCGCUCCGUACCACCCCAGGAUGUCAGCCCGUGGACAGUCCAUCGUCUUCCUGGCGACGACACUUGGCAGAAAACUCCACACCAAGCGUGGGAUUACCUUUCGCCUGUACUCCAAAUGCGUUCUCGUUGCAAGAUUCAGCAGUGUGAAAAAUUGUACGCUAGCAGAAAGGAUUCGAGGCACGGUCGAUCAGCUGUCUCGGACGUGGGUGGCGACAGUGCAAGAAACUACCGAAUUCUUAAGGUCAGUAUGGAAGAUUAUAUCCCUCCGGAGCAGGAAGAGUUGAACAAGAGACGAAAGCAAGGCAAGUACAGCAGGAUGGCUGUAACCAAGCAGGUUUUCGAUGCCCUCAUCAAUCGAUUGAUUGCGUACAGUUUUCCAACGCAAGUUGGUCUGGUGACAUUUGGCACAAAAGCCAAGAUGUCCCAGAAGCUGACCGAUGUUGUUGAGAACUUCCGUCGCGCCGUCGAGAAGAUGGAAGGUCGUGGUAAAACUGCACUUUGGGACGCUCUGGCCCUAGCUUCCGACCACAUGGAAGAAGUGGCUCAACAGUAUCCGGAUGCUGCGAAGAGAAUCAUAUGUUUGUCGGAUGGCGAGGAUACCGGCUCGAAGUUGACACAUUCGGCCGUUUGCCAGAUGUUUCGACAGCGACGGGUGGUGGUAGACUCGGUUUCCAUAAGUAGCGAUUCGUCUAGCACGCUAGACCUACGGCUAUUGUCAUAUCUCACGGCUGGGUACAAGUUUUCCCCGAAGACAAUCGAAGAGGCGGCUGCUCUGUGCGAGCUCGAGCCUGUUCUUUCCAUUGACGAGAGACCACCGAUCAAUCAACCGUCGGACCACUAUUCCUCUGCGGACCAAGUCGCCCAACCGGAUCAUGUCACCAACGACGAGUAUCCUGCACGCAAAACUCACCCGAAAGUCAACGACAGCUUUGUACAUAUUGCUGCGCAGUCUCAGAGAACCGGUAGGUCUGAUUCGGUCAACAAUCAGCCCCAUGCGACAAAUCCUUCAGUCCGGUCACGCAGACUGUUGCAGGAGAUCCAAGACAUAGUCAGCCAUCCACACCCCUCGUACGACGUUUAUGUGUCGGAAAGCAACAUGGCAUUUUGGAAAAUCGUGCUUGAAGGGCCUGAUGAGUCGUCUUAUGAAGGAGGGACGUUCGUCUUCUACCUCGACAUGGGCGAGCAUUAUCCACUUCGAGCCCCGAGUGGGAGAUUCCUCACUCGCAUCUUUCACCCCAACAUUAAUCGCCACGGGCGUAUCUGCCACUCCAUCUUUGACCGAAAUUGGACUGUCGACACCACCAACAAACAAGUGUUGGAUACGGUGUUUGGUCUUCUUCUCGUCCCCGAGUUUACGGACCCGAUCAACACCACUGUGACGCUGGACUACUAUUGGGAUGAAGUCGCGUUCAAGGAACAAGUGCAGCAGCAUAUUCGAAAAUAUGCGUCUGAAUCCAGGCAGGAGGCUGGAAAGGCUAUCAUGGGCGGUUGAAAUGAAAACCGAAAACUGAGGUCGAUAGCCAAUCUGCCCAUGCAAGAAUGGGUGAUUGAAUGGUAGGCUAGCCCAGAAAUUUGUACUAGUACGGCCGGGGCAGUUGGCACGGGAGGGAAACACAUUGUCAGGGAAAAGUUGUAUGAUUACUCGAUGCCGGAGGCACGAAGGAACAGCCCUUACGCCAGUCCUGGCGCCAUACUCCAGUAGAGUGCGCACGUUCAGCGUGUUUUUAAUGCUGUCUGAAUCUGAAGAUCAUGCCACGCAUUCAUCCAUAGUAUUCAACAUCUGACAGGCGGCCUUUAAACUGGCCAGUACCUAGUAAGUAGCACAGCUGAACUUCGCUGGCUGCCUGCAGUGGUCCAUGAAGCAAAUGUAAAUCCUCA